AUCAUAGCUGAGAAGACACCAUCUCUGUGGCUUCAGCUCCUGGCUGCAGGCCGCUGAUGGAGGUCCAGAAGGUCAGCUGCUCACAGACAUCAACUGCGGCUCCAGCAUUUUCCGCAGGCUACAGCUUCUGGGUUACAAGCUUUCCAUUUCCCAGUCUGCAAACGGGUUAGCCCCCAACAGGAAGCAACUCCUUCUCCAGCCGGGAGGUGGCGGCCUGCGGUCGACGAUGCCUCCGGGGUCCUUGGGCUCAAGAUUCCGUUUGGGGGCGCUCUCGUCCGGCUUGCGGGCCUCCCUUCUCCAGAGGCGGAACCAUCUGGCGGCGCCGCUGGUUUCUGCGGGGUUUGCAAACAGCGCGUACCGGGCCCUUCCCGUCUUCCGUACAGGUUCCUGCUGUUGGCUGGGCUCCGGAGGGAACGCUCCCGGUAAAGCGCUGGGGGAGGGAAGCGACGCCGGGGAGCUACGGUUUCCUCCGGAGGUCUCCGCCCCUCUGCCCCUAUAUUCCCAGAGCUCGAGUCUGAUCCGGGCCUUGCCGGGCACCCUGGAAAGGCGGGGGUGAUAGUACAGAUGGAGACGCAACUGCAGAGCAUUUUCGAAGAGGUGGUGAAAACGGAAGUUAUAGAAGAGGCUUUUCCUGGCAUGUUUAUGGAUACUCCUGAAGAUGAGAAAACAAAACUAAUUAGCUGUUUGGGGGCCUUCAGACAGUUUUGGGGUGGUCUUUCUCAGGAGUCUCAUGAACAGUGUAUCCAGUGGAUUGUUAAGUUUAUUCAUGGUCAGCAUAGUCCUAAAAGAAUUUCUUUUCUUUAUGACUGCUUAGCAAUGGCAGUUGAGACUGGUCUCCUUCCACCCAGGCUGGUUUGUGAAUCCCUGAUAAACUCUGACGCUCUUGAGUGGGAAAGAACACAGCUUUGGGCCUUAACAUUUAAACUGGUUCGGAAAAUAAUUGGGGGAGUGGAUUACAAGGGUGUUCGAGAUCUCUUAAAAGUGAUUUUGGAGAAGAUUUUGACAAUUCCUAAUACAGUGAGCUCUGCUGUUGUACAGCAGCUUCUGGCAGCAAGAGAGGUUAUAGCAUAUAUCUUGGAAAGAAAUGCCUGCUUAUUACCAGCCUAUUUUGCAGUCACUGAGAUCAGGAAACUGUAUCCUGAAGGCAAACUUCCACACUGGUUACUUGGAAACCUAGUAUCAGACUUUGUGGAUACCUUCAGGCCCACAGCAAGGAUAAACUCCAUUUGUGGUCGCUGUAGUCUUCUGCCAGUUGUAAAUAACUCAGGUGCCAUUUGUAAUUCAUGGAAACUGGAUCCUGCUACUCUUCGUUUUCCUUUGAAAGGCCUUUUGCCAUAUGAUAAGGAUCUGUUUGAACCACAGACUGCUUUGUUGAGAUAUGUAUUGGAGCAGCCUUAUUCCAGGGAUAUGGUCUGCAAUAUGCUAGGUUUAAAUAAGCAGACCUUGAACAUUGCUCAGCACAAGCAGCGCUGCCCUGUGCUGGAGGACCAGUUGGUGGAUCUGGUUGUUUAUGCCAUGGAACGAUCUGAGACCGAGGAGAAGUUUGAUGAUGGGGGAACAAGCCAACUCCUGUGGCAGCAUCUCUCAAGUCAGCUCAUUUUCUUUGUGCUUUUCCAGUUUGCAAGUUUUCCACAUAUGGUGCUUUCUCUUCAUCAGAAGUUAGCAGGGCGAGGACUGAUUAAAGGCAGAGAUCAUCUUAUGUGGGUUCUCCUGCAAUUCAUUUCUGGAAGUAUUCAGAAAAAUGCACUAGCUGAUUUUCUCCCUGUGAUGAAGCUCUUCGACUUGCUAUACCCAGAAAAAGAAUAUAUCCCAGUUCCUGAUAUUAACAAACCCCAGUCAACCCAUGCCUUUGCAAUGACUUGUAUUUGGAUUCAUCUCAAUAGAAAAGCUCAAAAUGACAACUCCAAGCUACAGAUUCCAAUACCUCAUUCCCUAAGACUUCACCAUGAGUUCCUGCAGCAGAGUCUGAGAAAUAAAAGUUUACAGAUGAAUGACUAUAAGAUUGCUCUAUUGUGUAAUGCAUACUCUACAAAUUCAGAAUGUUUUACAUUACCCAUGGGAGCUCUGGUAGAAACUAUUUAUGGAAAUGGAAUUAUGAGGAUACCUCUCCCUGGAACAAACUGUAUGGCUUCAGGAUCUAUUACCCCCUUACCUAUGAACCUCCUGGAUUCACUGACAGUUCAUGCCAAAAUGAGCCUUAUUCACAGCAUUGCAACCAGGGUGAUAAAACUUGCUCAUGCAAAGUCCAGUGUGGCCUUGGCUCCAGCCCUAGUGGAAACUUACAGUCGUUUAUUGGUCUAUAUGGAAAUAGAGUCUUUGGGCAUCAAAGGAUUUAUCAGUCAGCUUUUGCCAACUGUUUUCAAAUCACAUGCAUGGGGGAUCUUACACACACUCCUUGAGAUGUUUAGCUACCGGAUGCAUCAUAUUCAGCCUCAUUAUAGAGUUCAGCUCCUGAGUCAUCUUCAUACUUUGGCUGCAGUUGCACAAACCAACCAGAACCAGCUCCAUCUUUGUGUCGAGAGCACUGCCCUCAGGCUUAUAACAGCAUUAGGUAGUUCAGAGGUACAGCCGCAGUUCACACGCUUCCUUAGUGAUCCCAAAACAGUGCUCUCAGCAGAAUCUGAAGAACUGAACCGAGCCUUGAUAUUGACCUUGGCUAGAGCAACUCAUGUAACAGAUUUUUUUACAGGCUCUGAUUCAAUUCAGGGAACUUGGUGUAAAGACAUACUUCAGACCAUCAUGAGUUUCACUCCUCAUAAUUGGGCUUCACACACCCUGAGCUGUUUUCCAGGCCCACUACAGGCAUUCUUCAAACAAAAUAAUGUGCCUCAGGAAAGCCGUUUUAAUCUGAAAAAAAAUGUGGAGGAGGAGUAUAGGAAGUGGAAGUCAAUGAGCAACGAAAACGACAUUAUUACCCACUUCUCUAUGCAGGGCUCCCCUCCUCUCUUUCUUUGUCUUCUCUGGAAAAUGCUCUUGGAAACAGAUCAUAUUAAUCAGAUUGGCUAUAGAGUAUUAGAGAGAAUUGGAGCCAGGGCCUUGGUAGCCCAUGUGAGGACAUUUGCAGAUUUCCUGGUAUAUGAGUUUUCUACAUCAGCAGGGGGUCAGCAACUCAAUAAAUGCAUUGAAAUUCUUAAUGACAUGGUAUGGAAAUAUAACAUUGUUACACUGGACAGAUUAAUUCUCUGCCUGGCCAUGCGUAGUCAUGAAGGAAAUGAAGCCCAGGUUUGUUAUUUCAUAAUUCAGUUGCUGUUACUCAAACCAAACGAUUUUAGAAAUCGAGUAAGUGACUUUGUGAAGGAAAAUUCCCCAGAGCACUGGUUACAGAAUGACUGGCACACCAAGCACAUGAAUUAUCACAAGAAAUAUCCAGAGAAGUUGUAUUUUGAGGGCCUCGCGGAACAGGUAGAUCCUCCUGUACAGAUCCAGUCUCCCUAUCUGCCCAUCUAUUUUGGGAAUGUGUGUCUUCGAUUCCUUCCAGUGUUUGAUAUAGUAAUCCACAGAUUUUUAGAGUUGCUUCCAGUGUCCAAAUCACUGGAGACUCUACUGGAUCACCUAGGAGGCUUAUAUAAAUUUCAUGAUCGUCCAGUGACUUAUCUGUAUAACACUCUGCACUAUUAUGAAAUGCACCUGAGAGACCGCGCAUUUCUCAAACGAAAACUCGUCCAUGCGAUCAUUGGCUCUCUCAAGGAUAAUCGACCACAGGGCUGGUGUCUAAGUGACACUUACCUGAAAUGCGCUAUGAAUGCACGAGAGGAAAAUCCCUGGGUUCCAGAUGACACCUACUAUUGCAGAUUGAUUGGCAGACUAGUCGAUACGAUGGCUGGCAAAUCUCCUGGUCCCUUUCCAAACUGUGACUGGAGAUUCAAUGAGUUUCCCAACCCAGCUGCCCAUGCUCUCCAUGUUACUUGUGUGGAGCUCAUGGCCUUGGCAGUUUCAGGCAAAGAGGUUGGGAAUGCCCUUCUAAAUGUUGUCCUAAAAAGUCAGCCUUUAGUGCCAAGAGAGAACAUUACAGCAUGGAUGAAUGCAAUUGGUUUGAUCAUCACUGCCCUACCAGAGCCAUACUGGAUUGUUCUUCAUGAUCGAAUUGUGAGUGUCAUCAGCAGCCCCAGCCUGACGUCUGAAACAGAGUGGGUUGGCUAUCCAUUCCGCCUCUUUGAUUUCACUGCCUGUCAUCAGUCCUACUCUGAGAUGAGUUGUAGCUAUACAUUAGCUCUCGCACAUGCCGUGUGGCACCAUUCUAGCAUCGGACAACUUUCUCUCAUUCCAAAGUUUCUUACUGAAGUACUUCUUCCUAUAGUGAAGACUGAAUUCCAGUUGCUUUAUGUAUACCAUCUUGUUGGACCAUUUUUACAAAGAUUUCAGCAAGAGAGAACUCGUUGUAUGAUAGAGAUUGGUGUGGCGUUUUAUGACAUGCUGCUGAAUGUUGACCAGUGUAGCACCCAUUUAAAUUACAUGGAUCCCAUCUGUGACUUCCUCUAUCACAUGAAGUAUAUGUUUACUGGCGACAGCGUGAAAGAGCAAGUAGAGAAGAUUAUCUGUAACUUAAAACCAGCUUUAAAACUUCGUCUUCGAUUCAUCACACACAUUAGCAAGAUGGAGCCCGCUGCAGUGCCUCCACAAGCCAUGAACAGCGGGUCUCCAGCACCUCAGUCUAAUCAGGUGCCCGUGUCUUUACCAGUAACUCAGUGAAGCCAGACUGUACUGUGGAGAAAGUGGAAAUACAUCCAUCUUUGAGAGUGGACUCAAACCUUUUAAAUCUGAAUGCGAUCACGCUAUUGUGAUAUAGUAGAAGCAGUGAUGAUGUUCAGAUUGUUUUAUUUUGAUUCAAAUGAUGAAUCUGUUGACACCUUGUAACUCCCAUCUCCCUAUCUAUAUUUUUGUCUCUAAGAGACCAAGUAAGAUACAUGUUGUUCAUAUUCAUAACAACUUAUUAGAACUACGUAGGAACAUAGAGGUAUCUGUGAUCAAAUGACUUUUGUCAUUGGCACUUUCAGUCUGUCCUAUUCUAGCCGUUGUUUUUGUUUGUAUUUUUUAUUAUUAAUGACAUAUUUAGUCUUCAGAUAUAUUAUUUUAAAGGCACCACACAUGUAAAACAGUUAUUACAAAUAUUUUUUACAUAAAUCUCUUCUGGUAGAUUUUCAGAAUAAUAGAGAUUUAUAUCAAGAAAAAGAAUCUAGAUUUUGUUGCAUUGUAGGAGCAAACAAGUCUUCAUAUUCUUUUUAAAAUGACUUGAAAUUUUAUUAUAAAUUUCCAUAGUUUCCAUCAAGGUCAACUGGCAGUUUUAUUACCUUUGCUAUGGACUCGAGCUUACUGUAUAAAAUUAGUUGGAAGCCAUGUAAGAAAAUAACAUCUGAAAAUUCUUGAACUUAGAAUCAUGCUUAAAUGGUUGAUUCUCCAAUUUCUUUUUUUAAAAAUAAGUUAAUUGCUUUUGCAGGUUGACACUCUCACCUGACAGAUGAUGUAAUUCUUCAAUUUUUAUAAUCUUAAAAUUUUUAAAUUUUAUAUUUGUAAAUACAGUACACAUUUUAUUUCUUGGAUUUUGAGAGACAUUGUUAAUUUUGUGGGAAUUGGCAUUGUGAAAGACUUGAAAACUAAUGAGUAAAGUCUGCUGAAUGAAUAAA